AUGACCACCGCGCCUCCCGCACCCGAUUCCGAACCGGCCCUCUCCGCCGACUGCAUCGUCGUCGGCGCCGGCUUCUCCGGCUGCUACGCCACGCACAUGCUCCGACGACAGGGCUACACCGUCAAGAUGAUCGAUGCUGGGUCCGACUUUGGCGGCGUCUGGCACUCCCACCGGUACCCCGGCGCCCUCGUCGACUCCCCCUCGCCGCUCUACCAGUUGAGCCUCCCGGAGGCCUGGCGGGGCUUCCACUUCCGCACCAAGUUCCCCGACCAGCGCGAGAUGCAGGCCUACUUCCGGCACGUCGCCGACGUGCUCGACCUGCGUUGCGACGCCCUCUUCCGGCACGUCAUCGUCGACGCGCGGUACGACAACGGCGCCGGCGUCUGGCAACUCCGCUCCGACCGGGGCCUGCGCGCGACCGGCCGGUACGUCUUCUUCGCGACCGGCACCACCAACAAGCCCUACGUGCCGGCGUUUCCGGGCCUGGAGCGCUUCCGAGGCCAGCUGGUGCACACGCACGACUGGCCAGCCGACCUGUCCCUGAAGGAGGCGCGCAGGAUCGCGCUCAUCGGGACGGGCUCGACGGGCACGCAGGUCGCGCAGGAGAUUGCCAAGCUCGACGCCGACGUCACCGUUUUCACUCGCACGCCCAACAUCGCCUACCCGCUGCGGCAGGAGACGCGAACGCUGGCGGACGCGGAGCGGCGCAAGGCGGUGUACGGGGAGGUCUUCCCGCAGGCCAAGGCGGCCGGGUGGCCGCGGUACCUGAUCAACACGCCCGCGCGGCCCUUCCGCGAGGACACGCCCGCGCGGCACCGGGAGGUCUGGGAGGCGGCGUGGCGCAAGGGGGGCUUCGCCGUCUUCCUGGAGAACUACCCGGAGGUCGCGACGGACAAGGCGGUCAACGCGGCGUUUUACGAGUUCUGGAAGGAGAAGACAGGGCCGCGGAUCCGGGACCCGGCGAAGCGCGCGGCGCUGGUGCCGGACGAGCAGCCCGUGUGGUUCAUGGCCCGCCGGCCCGUCCUGGAGGACGACUACUACGAGAUGAUGGACCGCGACAACGUCACCCUCGUGGACCUGCGCCGCACGCCCAUCAAAGAGUUUACCGCCGACGGCAUCGUCACCGCCGACGGGGAGGGGGAGGCGGGGGAGACGCUGCGCGAGUUCGACCUCGUCAUCUGCGCGACCGGCUACGACUCCGUCACCGGCAGCCUCCACGACAUGAACGUGCGCGACCGGCACGGCGUGUUCCUCCAGGACAAGUGGAGGGACGGCAUCGCGACGCACAUGGGCAUGAUGGUGCCCGGCCUGCCGAACGCGUUCCUGCUGUACGGCCCGCAGGCGCCGGGACCGAUGACCAACGGACCGACGUUCAUCGAGGUGCAGGUGGAGCUGCUGUGCCGGCUGCUGGCGCGGGCCGAGGGGCGCGGGCUGGCGGAGCUGGAGGCCACGGAGGAGGCGGCGAGGCGGUGGCGGGACAAGGUGUACGAAGGGUAUCGCGCGACGCUGGCGAGCGAGGUCGACUCCUGGUGGGUCGGGACCAACGUGCCGGGAAAGAGGCGCGAGCCGCUGACGUGGUUCGCGGGCGUCCCGGCGUGGCGGGAGGCCUGUGAGGAGAGUCUGCGGUCGUGGGAUGACUUUGAGCCGGCAAGAGUGGAUGCAAAGCUCUAG